AUGCUUGAGUCAUUAAUGCAGAAGAGAGACUGCAAAGUUCGUAAUUUGUGCACGCUUUAUCUUAAAAGAAUCUGUCGAAGGAUUCCUUUUUGCAGUUCAACGAACCUUACCUUAUUCAAUGCAACGUCAAUGAUACUCCAAGUAGUGGUGAAGACAUCAUUCGUAGUUUCUGUCUUUCUUUGGGUUGCAUACCAUCCCCAAAUGUUUUCAAAACUGAAGAGGACCUUUACAAUGAACUAAUUUCCAAUGGGGUUGCUGUAGCCACUAGGACCUUUCAACCGUCUUUCAGGAAUUGUUUUUACAUUAAAAGGUAAGUUAGAAAAAAAAUCGUUUAUUUCGUUUCGGUUUUCAUCAUGAAAAUUGGCAGAUUUGGAAAGGCUUUAGGCGGCAAGUCAGCAAUUAAAUUAAACGAAAAUCCACGGACAAUUUUUUGAUUGCUUAGCACAAGUACCGUUGUGAACUAUGGCACUUUAGUAUUUAAGAUGCAACCAGGCGUAUUUGAUCAUUGGUCUAAUCAGCGAUUUCGUACGUUCACUGUUUCCUUUAGAUAAUUUUCGUGAAAGUAUUUCAUAUUUUCUGGCUGAAGGACACCUUUUUACAUCUCUAGCAUUGGCGAUUCGACUGCCGUUCGCCGUGUUGUUUAUGGCGAAGCGGUUUAUUUGUGUUUACAACGAGAGGAGACCGAUAAGGAAAGAGCUUUCUUGAACGACAGCGCCAAUGUUAUUGCCAUUGGUAGCAGACCUUCAAUUCUCGGCGAACCCGGGCCAAAGUCUGGUGGAUGUGCAGUGUUUUACGGUAAAAUCCCCAAGGAAACCGAAGUUCCCUUUGUAUUUCAUUGGAAACUUGAGCACUUUAAUCCCAAAGAACGUCUUGAAUAUGAAGGAACUCCGGUCAAGGUAAUCAAACUCAUCCAAGGAACAUGGUAUCCUGAUUAUCAAGUCGUUUUUACCAAAAGCCUAUUUAUAUACGUUAAUUGUGGGUUUAAGUAGCAUCCUGAUCCCUAUAAUCGUAAAAAAUCGACAUUGGUAAAAAGACAAUUGAUUAAUUUUCUGUGUUUAAAGGUAAGGAAAUGUAUGACAUGUUAACUGAUAUGGGCAUAAGGUUAAACUUUUAGUAUUACUCAAUUCUCUAUCAAAAAACUGCACGCCUUUAUUUUUGUAUAUCAAAAAUCCCGGCCAAGCUUCCCCGUAAGUUUUUGGUUUUUCUCCUACCAAGCGUGGGAUUUGUUCAUAAUUAAUAUUGAAAUCAGGAGACGUUUUCAUUUUUUGCACAAGAUAAAAUGUUUUGAACAUUUUCGUAAACUUGGAGAAAGUUUGCCUAGGUUCGGCUGUAGAAGAAACAUUUUGGUAGUUUGUUCAGUGUCCUCUACUAUCGCACUGAGCAGAGCAAAUGUUUACAACAACACCGUUUUGCGUUAAUGUUUAGAAAAACAUAAUGGAAGCCACUAAGGAAUCGUCAAAACUGCAUGGGGUUUAACGAAAAGUCAGGCUUUAAAACUGCAAAGAAGAGUCACAUGUGUGCAAUACUCUGUGAUUGGGACGCUUUUUGACUCGGACGUCAUUGGAGCAUUGUGCUAAGAUCGAAAUAAAAGUUUUUUUAUAAUGUUGAGUUAAUCUGAAAGUGUGGGUUUUAGUGGUCCGUUGCUCUCAAUUUUCUCGUCCUGAUCUCAUCGUGCUUGAUUUUAUGUUUAAGCAAAUUGCUUGUGAACUUAAACUCGCAAUCCUUAUUAUUUUUUACAUCAUGUGAGACUCUUAACAUUUUCGGUAACUGCUAUUUUAGGCUGGUGAUAAAGUAAUUAUCAAACAUAUUCAAACGAACCAGGCACUUUCAUUGGAACCCAGUGUUUUGAUGAGGUAACAUAUAUUACGAUUUCUAUAAUAAAAUGUCCUAGGUAUAUAGCUUUUUUAAACAUGCUAACUUAUGCUCAUGGUAACUUAUGGUAACAGGGUGCUCACCUAUCGCGUUACCAGACAUUUUGUCCCUUUAUGCCCUGGAUCGUAAUCUAGAGACCUUAUAGCAGCCUCAUAACGGUUAUUGAUAUAGGAAAAAUAACAUUGCCUUGUCUUUGUUGGUAAUGUUAUUUUGCAUACAUAUACACACAUACACAUACGCAUAAUGUGUUCCUCACGCCAUGAAAGUGACGAAAAAGAAGAGAACAAUUCAUGGAUGGAGGUUUAUUUGGACUCGAUCGUUACAGUGACCUUGUUCGUUCCGACUCGAGCCUUGUUCGUAGCGUUAGCGUCUGGUAGGCAGGAUGCAGUUCUAUGGUUAUGUUAGGGGUGCCAGUCGAGGACCAACUUUCGAGCAGCAAUCUGGCCAUCUUUUCAUUGGCUCGGCCGAUGACCCUUGCAUUCUGAAAGGCAAAAUGAUGGUUUAUCCGUGCAAUAUUCUACGGAUGCAUACAUGCUAGUGACUUUUUAAUGCGUUUGAUAUGUAGUUGAAGAGACUCGUUGUUUUAUGAAUAACUUGACUCUUUUUUUAGGACAAUUUGAAUUAAAAUUCAUCCAUUUUUAGAAACGUAUUUGGCUCGGAUUAUGAAGUCUGCGCCAAAACGCACUUUAAUUCCCAUAAAGCCGAACAGGAAAAUAAUAUAUGGCACUUCUGCGAACCCAAAGAAUAA